AUGGAUGAUGGCCGUAGAAACCAGGUGAGCCAUGGUUUUGAUGACUACCGCUAUCAGGAUGGUGGCUACAAAGGUUAUGUUCCCAACGACCCAACUUAUCAGACUGGAGAGGAACCCAGUCAGGAAGAAGAUGCUCAGAGUGAUGCUACUGAAGGCCAUGAUGAAGAUGAUGAAGUCUAUGAAGGAGAGUACCAGGGCAUUCCUCACCCAGAUGUCAAGUCUAAGCAGAAGACGGCAGGUCUCUCCAAUGAGUUCAGAGAUCAUGAUGAGCUUAUGGCGGAAAAGAUGGAAGAUGAAGAGCAGCUGGCUCACCAGUAUGAGAACAUCAUUGUGGAAUGCAGCCAUGGACGUUUCCAAUGGAUGCUUUUCAUUGUGCUGGGAUUGGCCCUGAUGGCAGAUGGGGUGGAGGUAUUUGUGGUUGGUUUUGUCUUGCCCAGUGCGGAAAAGGAUAUGUGCUUAUCAAACUCCAACAAAGGAAUGCUAGGACUCAUUGUUUACUUCGGAAUGAUGCUGGGGGCCCUUUCCUGGGGUGGCCUGGCGGACAAGCUGGGCCGGAAGCACUGCCUCCUCUUAUCGCUCACCAUCAAUGCCAUCUUUGCGUUCCUUUCCUCCUUUGUGCAGCAAUAUGGCUUCUUUCUCUUCUGCCGCCUGAUCUCUGGUUUUGGUAUUGGAGGCUCCCUGCCCAUCGUCUUUGCCUAUUUCUCUGAAUUCCUGUCCCGUGAGAAGCGAGGAGAACACCUCAGCUGGCUCUGCAUGUUCUGGAUGAUUGGUGGUUUAUACGCCUCGGUCAUGGCCUGGAGCAUCAUCCCACAUUAUGGAUGGGGGUUCAGCAUGGGGAGCCAUUACCACUUCCACAGCUGGAGGGUUUUCGUGGUGGUCUGUUCCCUCCCUUGCAUAGCGUCACUUGUGGCCCUGAAAUUCAUGCCAGAAAGCCCACGUUUUUUGUUAGAGAUUGGUAAGCACGAUGAAGCAUGGAUGAUCCUUAAGCAAGUCCAUGAUGUCAACAUGAGGGCCAAGGGAGAGCCAGAAAGGGUAUUUACGGUGGCUCAGAUAAAAACUCCCAAGCAGAUUGAUGAAUUUAUUGAAAUACAGAACUCAACAGGAACAUGGUACCAGCGUUGCUUUGUUAGAGCCACGACCACCUUCAGACAGGUAGUGGACAACGUGCUGUAUUGUCUGACAGCCCAGUACAGAAUGAACACACUAUUACUGGCAGUUGUCUGGUUUACAAUGGCCUUAAGUUACUAUGGCCUGAUUGUCUGGUUCCCUGAUAUGAUUCGAUACUACCAAGAGGCAGCAGAUCAGAGGAAGAUCUUCCAGCCAGAAUUAGUGCAAGAUUUCACCUUUGAUUUUAAUCUAAAAAACCAGCUCUACCUGAAUUGUACAUUCAGGGAUGACAGGUUCAUCGAAAUAAAAAUGCGCGAUGUGACUUUUGAAGACUCCCUCUUUGAGGACUGCCACUUUGAAGAUAUAACAUCCAGCAAGACCUUCUUCAAAAAGUGCACUCUUAUAAAUACCACUUUCUAUAACACAGAUCUCUACAAGCAUAAGUUCAUUGACUGCGAAUUUGUGAACGUCUCUUUCUCUGAAGAGAAGAAGGGUUGCCAACUAGAUUUUGAGGAAGACAACGAUUUCCUCAUUUACCUUGUGAGCUUCUUGGGCAGUCUUUCAGUGCUGCCUGGCAAUAUCAUCUCAGCUCUGCUGAUGGACAAAUUAGGAAGAAUCAGGAUGAUCGGGGGGUCCAUGCUGAUCUCGGCAGUGUGCUGUUUCUUCUUGUUCUUUGGCGAGAGCGAGUCAGCCAUGAUCGGAUGGCAGUGUCUGUUUUGUGGCACCAGCAUCGCUGCCUGGAAUGCCUUGAAUGUUAUCACUGUAGAGUUGUAUCCCACGCAGAAAAGAGCCACGGCUUUUGGGAUACUCAACGGCAUCUGCAAAGUUGGGGCCAUCUUGGGGAACUCAAUCUUUGCCUCUUUUGUCGGGAUCACCAAUGUGAUCCCCAUUCUUCUGGCUUCUUCAGCUCUAGUUGGUGGAGGCCUCCUUGCCCUGCGGCUGCCAGAGACACGGGACCAAGUCCUGAUGUGAGCAGCUGGAAGACGAAACACAACACUGGUCAACAGUAAAGAGCCAUGCUUAGAAGAAAAUCAAAGCGUCUACCAAUAUUUCUCUGCCAAUACCUCAUAUUUUGCGGGGAAGGGGGAGAGGAAUAGACCUUCUACUGAAGGAAGGUUAAA